AUGGCCCGCUACGCCGCCGUCGUGCUGCUUGUCCUGGCCCUGGUGGCCGGCAGCGCCUCUGCCAACAGGGCCCUCAAGGGUGACCCAGCUGCCAAGGCCAAGACCACUACCAUCACCAGCUCCCUGGCUGGCGCCCCCGCUGCCCAGUUCAGCACCCUGCUGGCGGCCGUCAAGGCGGCUGGCCUGGCUGACGCCCUGAACAAGCCCGACCUGGCCCUGACCAUCUUUGCCCCCACCAACGCUGCGUUCGCCAAGCUGAUCACUGCCCUCAAGACUACCCCCGAGAAGCUGCUGGCUGACAAGGCCCUGCUGACCAAGGUGCUCUCCUACCACGUGGUGCCCGUUGGUGCGGCCAAGUCCACCUCCCUGAAGAACGGCCAGAAGUGGGCCACCCUCCUCAAGGGCCAGGACCUGACCGUCGACCUCUCCAAGGCUGGCACCGUCGUCAUCAAGGGCGCUACCAACUCCGCCACCGUUGUCGCCGCUGAUGUGCCCGCUGGCAAGUCCAUCGUCCACGUCAUCGACACCGUGCUGGUGCCCAAGUAA